GGUGUCAUCAAAGCUGCACGUCCUUGGCUGUCUUGCCAUCCUCUCAGAGAAAGUGAGCCCUGCUGAGGGCCAUGGUUCUGCCCGCAGAUGACAGGAAUCUGCCUUUGGCAUGGCUUGUGGGAAGGACGCGGAUGAGCUCCUGAAAAGCAGUGGCACAAAGCUGCAGGAUUCCCUGAGAAGGCCAGUGGUGGAAGAAAGAUACUCACCAGGAAGGUGCUGGGGACUUCUUCAGUUUGAAAGUGUGUGAGAGAAGAGCAUUUUCCUUCAUCUUCCUUUCUAAACGUAGAUCUUUUUGUGCAAAAAUGACACAGGGAAAUGACAGAGGAUGAAACCCAUCUCUGUUCUUCCUGUGUGCUUUUAGAGCCCUCAAGUUUGCUUGCUAGACCUGAAAUGCCACUGGAGAAUAAUCAAGUGAUCCUUUGGGUCCCACAGGUCCACGGGGUGUGGGUCUGCGUGCGCUCCUGCCCUCCCAGCUGCGUGUGCACCCCGGAGAGGAGCUGCUCCGUGCUCUGUGACCGUGCCGGGCUGGGGCAGAUCCCCAGCGAGUUCCCCUGCGAAGCCUCUUCCAUCAACCUGGAUAAAAACAGCAUCAAGUUCCUGUCUGAGAGGGCCUUUGGGACGCUGCCCUCUCUCAAGUCCCUGUCGCUCAACCACAACAACAUCUCCUUCAUCACGCCGGGGGCGUUCAAGGGGCUGCCCAGCCUGACGGAGCUGAAGAUGGCCCACAACGAGUACAUUCGCUAUCUCCACACUCGGACCUUCACCGCGCUCCGGCGCCUCGUGAGGCUGGACCUGGCCGACUGCAACCUCUUCAACAUCCCAGACAGGAUCUUCAUCGAGCUGCCCGCUCUGCAGGAGCUGUUCUGCUUCCAGAACAACUUCCGAAGGAUCCCAGGCGCCAUCAGGGGCAUGGAGAACUUGACCCACGUGUACCUGGAGCGAAACAGGAUCGAAGCUGUGGCCUACAACUCCCUGCAGGGCCUGACCAAGCUGAAAUACCUGAAUCUGCAGGACAACAAGAUAAAUGUCAUCCACGAGCGAGCUUUUCAGGGCUGUCAGAGGAUGGAGUACCUGUACCUGAACGACAACUUGAUCGGUGAGCUCCCAGAAAACUCCUUUGAUGGGCUGAGGCACCUGAAGAUGCUCAACCUUGGGGGGAAUUUUCUCAGGAACAUUUCCAACACCUGGUUCCGGGACUUGGGGGAGCUGGAGUUCCUCUACCUGGACCGCAACAGGAUCAGCUACAUCGAGGAAGGGGCUUUUGAGAACCUCACCAGCCUGGUGGCUCUGCACUUGAACAGCAACAACCUGACGACGCUGCCCUUCUCCGUGUUCGAGCCCGUGUACUUCCUGGGGCGCCUGUACCUCUUCCGCAACCCCUGGGAGUGCGACUGCCGCAUCGAGUGGCUCAAGGAGUGGAUGGAGAACUACAGGCUGGUCAGGGAUAUUCCGUGUGCCUCCCCCUCCUCCGUGGCUGGGAUUGAUCUGACGGACGUGCUCUUCGAGAGGUCUCCCGAGGGUUACUGCCUCGACCCGGUGGAGCUGAAUGUCACCUCCGAGGGGCCGACGCCGAGCGAGGAGCCUUGGUCUACGACAGAGAGCAAGUUCAACAGCCUUAUCUCCAAACUCUUGCUCCAGAUGGGCCUUCCCGAAGAGGUGGCAAACGCCACCGAGGUGUACAGUAACACCACGCAGCCGGACGGACAGACUGAAGGGGUUUCCUCCGGCACGGGGGAGGACAGAACCGAGGCUGACUCCUCUUCCUUGUGCCUCCCAGCACUUUUCACAGUGAUUGUUCUGCUGUGCAAAUAGUCCGAGGGCUGGAUGGAGCAGGGGCUCUGCUUUCGUGUUUAGACCCUUCACCUACUCGGUCAUCAGAGAAAAGUUUUAUUGUGGGCCUCUGAUACAGAACAGGCUCCAAACUCUUCCAGGCUGGGUUUGUUGGAUCUGGCUCCAGAUUCCCCUGGGAGCUGCUGAGGCCUGGGUCCCACUCUGCAUGAGAAACCUGCCCCGUGGGUGUCCCAGAGCCUCCUGGAUACUCACUGGGAGAUGAGCAGCACUAAGAUUGAAUUUUGCCAUGGAUAUGUGACAUUCCCUGCUGGGAAUGGAGGGAAGAGGGGUCUGUCUGUGGGGUGUUUGUACCAUCGGGCUGACUCGUGAGAGCGAGGUGUCCCAUGGUGACUUCACAAGAGCAAGACGAGGCUGCAAAACCGGGCCCCUCUUCACGUCCUGACGGACACCCACACCCACGGCAGGCACUGCUGAACGACGGGAAACUGUUCCUGAUUUCCCCCGGGGUGUGCAGGAGGGAGCAGGGCAGUCCUGGGAAACACCCAGGGAUGCAGCACAAGGCUUCAUGAAAAGGAGGAGAGCUCCCAGGGAGGGCACAUUGCCUGUCCCAGGCAGACCAGGGAUGGGCACAGCAUUUUGGCCGUGACCACAGGCAGGAUUUUGAUCCCUUCUCCCCCCGGUUAUCCUGGCACUGGUGAGGGAGAAACAGAUGGACCCGUGUUUGUCUAAAUAUUCUUUGCUGAAGCAAAGCUACUUAAACUUAACCUACUUAUUUCCAUAAUUUCAACAUGUUUAACUUUUCAGUGAAUAUAUUGUUUCAAGGAAUAUAAUUUUUUUUUUUUUACUUGUAGAUUGUUUCAU